GGUUACAUAUAGAGUAAGGAGUUCUAAGUACUUCCUUUUCCUGUGGGAGCAGCUGGGGCGAGAGGAGCGUGGCCCUCUCCUCUCCCGGCAAUGGCGUGUGCUCGACCCCUGAUAUCUGUGUACUCUGAAAAGGGGGAGUCAUCUGGCAAAAAUGUCACUUUGCCUGCUGUGUUCAAGGCCCCAAUUCGACCAGAUAUUGUGAACUUUGUUCAUACCAACUUGCGUAAAAACAACAGACAGCCCUAUGCUGUCAGUGAAUUGGCAGGUCAUCAAACCAGUGCUGAGUCUUGGGGUACUGGUAGAGCUGUGGCUCGAAUCCCCAGAGUUCGAGGUGGUGGGACUCACCGUUCUGGCCAGGGUGCCUUUGGAAAUAUGUGUAGAGGAGGCCGCAUGUUCGCACCAACCAAAACAUGGCGUCGUUGGCACCGGAGAGUGAACACAACCCAAAAGCGAUAUGCCAUCUGCUCUGCUUUGGCUGCCUCAGCCUUACCGGCCCUGGUCAUGUCUAAAGGUCAUCGAAUUGAGGAAGUUCCUGAACUCCCUUUGGUGGUGGAAGAUAAAGUUGAAGGUUACAAGAAGACCAAGGAGGCUGUUUUGCUUCUUAAGAAGCUUAAAGCCUGGAAUGAUAUCAAAAAGGUCUAUGCCUCUCAACGAAUGAGAGCUGGCAAAGGCAAAAUGAGAAACCGUCGUCGUAUCCAGCGCAGGGGCCCCUGUAUCAUCUAUAAUGAAGACAAUGGUAUCAUCAAGGCCUUCAGAAACAUACCU